AAGCUUUUAAAUAAGGAAGCUUGAAGCUCAAGAAAGAAUCAUCCCAUGAAUCACUAUAUAUAUUAGCAACCCUGUUAAUGUAGAAGACCUUCCAUGUUCAUCUUAAGAUCAUAACAUGGGAGAAGUGAAGUUGUUUGGAAAUUGGAGUAGCCCAUUUGUUUACAGAGUAAUUUGGGCUCUGAAGCUAAAGGGCGUAGAGUAUGAAUACAUAGAAGAAGAUCUCUCCAACAAGAGUGAAUUGCUUUUGAAGUAUAACCCAGUCCACAAGAAGGUCCCUGUGCUUGUUCAUAAUGGUAAACCAAUUGCGGAGUCGCUCGUUAUCCUGGAAUACAUCGACGAGACAUGGCCAGAGCAUCCAUUGCUACCCAAAGAUGCACAGCUGAGGGCUGAAGCUCGAUUUUGGGCAAAAUUUGCUGAGGAUAAGGGCAUAUGCAUAUGGAGAUUCUUCAGUUCUGUUGGUGAAGAACAGGAGAAGGCCAAGAAAGAGAGCUUGGAAAUGCUGAGAACCAUAGAAGAACAUGGGCUUGCAGAGAAGAAAUUUUUUGGUGGCUACACAAUUGGGUUUGCUGAUUUGGCCUUUGGUUGGAUUUCUCACUGGAUGGGAGUGAUGGAAGAUAUAGUAGGAGUGAAGUUGGUGGAAGCUCAGACAUUCCCUCACUUGCAUGCUUGGGUUCACAAUUUUAAGCAAGUUCCAGGGAUCAAAGAGAACCUGCCUGAUCCUGAGAAGAUGUUUGCCCGUUUGAAAUGCAUCAGGGAGAUGCUCUUGGCAUCUGCAUAACCACCACCGUCUAUUAUGUUUCUGUUCUUCCUAUGGGUUCAGGGUUCUGUUCCAUCUAUCUAUACAUUUUCUAUUUCUUCAUAACCUCUCUCUAUCUGUGUGUGGAAAUGAAGGUUGUGUUUGGUUCCAUUUUAUAGUUGAAAGUUGAAACAGGCACAAUUUGAAAAGCA